ACCGAACGCGUGAGGCGGGGGCCGGCGAACGGCAGGCGGGGGGUGGGGGGGGGGUGGCGGAGGAUGGCGGAGCCGCGCCGGGUGCCGUUCAUUAGCCUGUCACCCGUGAGGCGCCGCGAGGGCGAGAGCCCGGCGCUGGAGCGAGAGCCGGCGGGCCGGGAGCCGGAGCCGCCGCCGGCGGGCCGCGAGGCGCCGCUGUUGGAGCCGCCGCACGAGCUCUCCCGGCCGGAGCCGCCGCCGCCGCCCCGCGAGAGCGCCGCCCGCCUGGAGCCACCCCGCGAGACCGGCCGGGCCGAGCAGCAGCCGCAGCGGGAGCCCCCCCGGCCCGAGCCGCCGCCGCUGCCGCCGCCGCAGCUACCGCCGCCGCCGCGGCAGAGCAGCCGGCAGGAGCCGCAGCCGCCGCAGGAGGCGCUCCCGCUCCGCCAGACGGUCCGCCUGGAGGUGGUGCUGAAGGACCCCACCGAGGAGGGCUGCGUGGAGUUCAGCUACCCGGAGCUGCUGCUGUGCGGGGACUCGCGGAAGAAAUCUGUUCACUCGGAAGAUCCAUUUAAUGAUGAACAGCGUGAGCGGCAUGAAGUAGAAAUGCUAGCCAAGAAGUUUGAGGCAAAAUAUGGUGGAAAGCCCCACAAACAUCGGAAGGAUCGCCUGCAGGAUCUAAUUGAUAUAGGUUACGGUUAUGAUGAAACAGACCCCUUCAUUGAUAAUUCUGAAGCGUAUGAUGAAUUAGUUCCUGCAUCCCUCACAACCAAAUAUGGAGGGUUUUAUAUCAACACUGGUACAUUGCAGUUCCGCCAGGCAUCUGACUCAGAGGAUGAAGACUUUGCAGAAGACAAAAAGCAUAGGCCACCUAAAAUAGCAAAGUUAAAAGAAAGUGAAGAUCGUGGAAUGAAGAAGCGCAAGCGGAAAGAUGAAGGGACAGAAAAGGAGAAGAAGCCUCGGAAAAUGAAACCUCCUAAGCAGUUGGGAGUAAUGGCCUUAAAUUCACACAAGUCUGAAAAGAAGAAAAAGAAACUGUAUAAAGACUCUCUCUCUCUGGCUGCCAUGAUCCGUAAAUUUCAAAAGGAGAAGGAAGCCAUGAGGAAGAAGGAAUCUAGUCCAAAACCGCCAGUGACUGUUGCAACCUCCACCCCUAGUAAAAUUCCUUCCUCCUCUCUCAGUGCAGGAAAUGAUAUUUCUGACUUGAAUCUUAGGAUCAAUGAUCCUGUCCUCUCCAUUUUUGGUAGCACAAAUGAACGUGAGCUCAUGCAAGAAGCUGAAAGUGCCCUGGAGAUGUUGGGAGACAUUGACUUUGACAAGUUGCUUGAUGGCACUUCUGAUGGCAGCCCAGUAUCUGAGCUGUCAGGAGAAAAUGGAAAUGUCACUCAGGCAACCUACACCUCUCAGGUCAUGACACCCAAGCAGGUGCCUGCCCUCCCAGAAGGUCUGCCUGUGCUACUUGAAAAGCGCAUUGGAGACCUUCGAACAGCCGCCAAGAUGUUUGAUGAAGAAGGCAGGAAGAAGUUUUUCACACAAGACAUGAAUAAUAUUCUGCUGGAUAUUGAGCUACAGUUACAGGAGAUAAAUCCUGCCGUCCGCAAUGGAGUGUACUCUCACCUUGAGGCUUUUGUGCCAUGCAAUAAGGACACACUGAUAAAGCGUCUGAAAAAGUUACACCUCAAUGUCCAGGAUGACCGCUUGAGAGAACCACUGCAAAAGCUGAAACUGGCUGUCAGUAAUGUCAUGCCUGAACAGUUAUGCAAGUAUCAAGAGGACUGCCAGGCCCGCAAUCAAGCCAAGAAUGCCAAGUUGCAAGCGGAAGAUGAACGAGAGAAAAAUGGAUCAGAGGAAGAUGAUGAUGAGAAACCUGGAAAGCGGGUUGUGGGGCCCAGAAAGAAGUUUCAUUGGGAUGACACAGUGAGGUCUCUGUUGUGUAAUCUUGUCAAGAUCAAGCUGGGAUGCUAUGAGCUAGAGCCAAAUAGAAGUCAGUCUGCUGAAGAUUACCUCAAAACCUUUAUGGAAACAGAAGUGAAGCCACUUUGGCCUAAAGGCUGGAUGCAAGCAAGGAUGCUUUUUAAAGAAAGCCGAAGUGUUCACAAUCACCUCACUUCUGCUCCGGCAAAGAAGAAGGUGAUUCUGGCCCCUAAACCCAAAGUGAAGGACUCCAGUCCAAAGAAAGAACAGAAAACCUGUAUGUCUUCAGUCAGUUCAAGUUGCGCUACUGUACCGAGUUCCAGCACACCUGUCUGCACCCCAGCCAGCUCUAGCUGCACACCAGCUCCAGAGACCAUCUGUUUGGAUGACUCAUUGGAUGAAGACCUCUCUUUCCACCCACCUUCACUGGACUCUAUUUCUGAUGCUCUGGCAGUUAUCAAUAAUGGUGCCAAGGGAUCACCUCUUGGGUCCACCAUAGACACACCAACAUCCAGACCUCGCCCUGGACUGAGGGAAGAGAAACUAGCAAGCAUUAUGAGCAAGUUGCCCCUGGCAACUUCAAAGAAAGUAGAGCCCACUCAGACACCCCAUUCAUCAAGUCUUAUUGCUGGUCACACAGGGCCAGUACCAAAGAAACCCCAGGACCUAGUUCACGCUGGUAUCUCUUCAGGCCUUAUUGCUGGAUCUUCAAUUCAAAAUCCUAAGGUUUCCUUAGAGCCUUUGCCAGCCAAACUACUUCAGCAAGGACUACAGAGGUCAAGCCAGAUCCAAGCCGCUUCCUCCUCUUCACAGGCUCAUGUUUCUUCCUCUAAGACCCAAGCAGCUAUUUCCACCUCUCAAAGAACCAAGGAUGCUAAUAUCUUGGUAUCAUCUUCUGAGCCUCAAGGUGGUUCUUCCUCAACAUCACAAGUGACAAAGGUGCACCAGCAUUCAGCUGUACAGCAGAAAUAUGUAUCUCCUUUACAAGCAACUAUUAGUAAAUCACAGACCAAUCCAGUGGUGAAAUUGAGUAGUAAUCCCAAACUGUCUUGCUCAUCACCAGUCAUCAAGGCUCAAGAUAAGUCUGUAGUAUAUCGCCUGCCUUUGUCUAAUCCCUCGUCUGGAAGUGGCUCUCAAGGGUCUCACCCACUGGUUUCUCGGACAACAUCCAGCACCUCUACCUCUAGUAACUAUUUAGCCAAGGCUAUGGUGUCACAAGUUUCUUCCCAGGGUUUCAAGCCUCCCUUCUCCAUGGCUGCCUCUCCCAAACCUGCUGCCUCUCCCAAGCCCACUGCAUCUAAACCCUCUGUCACACCCAAGCCCAAUGCAUCACCUAAAUUUUCAUCCAAGUCCACCUCAUCCCCCAGGCCUGCAACAACACCCAGUUCUUCCAGUUCAAGUGCACUAGUUUCCCAGAGUAGUCACUCCAGCAACAACCCCCUUCAUAAACAGACCAGUGGUGUAAAUAUCAGCAGGCAGUCUCCCACAGUGAAUCUGCUGCCCUCUAAUCGCACCUCAGGCCUUCAGCCUGCAAAGAACCCUCAGGCGUCUUCAAAAUUGCCCAACUCUUCUCCUUCUGGAACUGUUGGUAAAAAUAAUCUGGGUGGAGUUGGAAUGAAUGUACCUGCCAGCAGAGGCAGUAACCUUAACUCAAGUGGAGCUAGUAGGACUAGUCUGUCUGGGGGAGCAGGAAGUGGAACACAGGGUGCUACUAAACAAUUGUCAACUCCACACAGACCAUCUUCUGCCUCAGGGUCUCCAGUUGUAGCAGCCAGUGUGCAGUCAACAGCAGGAGCAUCAUUACUGGCUAACGCCUCACCUCUGACGCUCAUGGCAUCACCCCUGUCUGUAACCAGUCAGAACGUGACAUCUGCACCAUUAACUCCUUUUGGGAUGCUGGGUGGCCUUGUACCUGUGACCGUGCCCUUCCAGUUUCCCUUGGAGCUGCUUGGCUUUGGGACGGACACAGCUGGAGUGACAACCACCUCGGGAUCUACCUCAGCGGCUUUCCACCACAGCCUAACUCAGAACUUACUGAAGGGUUUACAGCCAGGUGCUCAGCACGCAGCAACACUGUCUCACUCACCUCUGCCUGCUCACUUGCAGCAAGCUUACACAGAUGGAGGCCAAAGUAAAGGGGACACUAAGUUACAGCGAAAAAACCAGUGACUUCUGGACAAGCAAGGGAGCUGAAGCAGUUCUGGUUGGCUGACAGAAUCUGCCCAGUUGGGAAAGUGCUUAUUGUCACAGGGCUGCUGUUUCUGUCGAUGUUUACAUAUUCUGAUCCCAAGCACUGUGGUGAGAGGAAGAAGAAAAAGAAAACAAUACUUGAUCAAAGAGAGAAGGAAAAGGAGGACUGGUCCUCCUGGUCAUGCAGACUGGUCAUAGUUUGAUCUUGCCUAAAGAAACAUGCUUUUUUUUUAUCUGUUCUGAUUGGCUUUUAAAAGAAAUUGAUCGUCAAACCCACAGCAGCACAAACGUGUUUUGUUUUUGUUUUGUUUUUUUUCUUUCUGGGUGAUGUCCAAUGAAGAAUUGAAAGCGUGAGAGGAGCUAGAAUUGGUUUCUUCAUCCAUGGCAUAAGGUGGAAUCAUCCCCUUCAUUAGUGCCCAGAGUGCCCAGUAUAAGAUGAUGUAUAGGUCCUGAGCGUACUAUACGGUUGUGGACUGAAAGUUAUGUAGAACAGAGGUGGUGCUGGGAUCCUUUGCAUUAUAAUUAAACCCUUACACAAAUGCAGUUUCCCAUACGGGCAUGUUUUCCAGCGUUACAAGGCUGUUUUGGCUUUAGGGAGCCUACAGAUGGAUGCAGUCUAAUUAGAGAGUUGUCUUCAAAAACAGAUCUCCUGGAUAUCGAGAUGUGGGAAAAUUUCUUGCUCCUUAUUUGAUUGGUUUUUUAAAUAUAAAUAUUUAAGGGAGGAAAGGGUUGGAAAUUUUUCCAUUUACAUGAAAAGGAAACUCACAUUUUAUUGGUCAGACUAGCAUUUCUUGCCCACAUCAUUUUUUUUAAAGGCACACUUAUUUUUCAGUUCUUCCAUUUGUUAAGCUUAGUUUUCCUUUGCCUUGUGCUUAUCUGCUACUGAAAUUAAGUAAUGUUCUACUCCUUUUAUUUUAUUUUUUUAUAAAAUAACCAGUUCUUUGCUCAUUCUAGAUCUUCCUCAUCUUUCAUCUAACUCCUCCCAAAAGCCAUGCAUUAUACUGAUUUGGUAGAUAAAAAAACCUAUUUGUGACCUAUUCCAGAGCCAGGUUAAUACUGCUUCAGGCAUUAGCCAAAGAGGAGUCGUUCAGAAGCGACCAGAGGUGCCUUCUCUUUUGGGGGCUGAAUGGGUUGUCUCCAGCAUGUCCAGCCCCCGCUGGCCUGGGGAGUUCCUGACCUGAACUCUUUCUUGCGUGGUAGCACAAGACUGCAAAGCUGGCUUUUUUGUUUGGGUUGGUUUUUUUAUAGCAAUACGUCGGCUGGUUCAUUUGUAAGGUUAGGAAGUAUCCAGCAUAUGUUGCACUUUCAACACUAGGACAGAACUUCACUGUUGAGUCCCUUGCGCUGUCAGAUGAAAGGCAAGAAUGGCAGAAAGUGAAAUAAGUCAUAGGGGAAAGGAGCAAAUAAAGUAGUAUGAUGCCCUUCUCCUUGAACUCAGAAACAUUCCCUUGAUCAGAGAUGCUGAAAUUCCUAGUAACUAGUCUUUCCAGUAGUUCGAUUUGAGAAUGAACCAGUGACUACUCGUUAUCUCACACCUUCCAGAGAGACUUUGACCCUUGGAUAACGAAUCUUCAAUGUUUUUUUUCUAGAUUAACUUAUAGCUUUCAGGUUUCUUUUACAUGUGAUUUAUUUUUCUUAGACCAGACAACAAUUUCUUUUCUAUUUAGAGCUCAUUUUAAUUUUAUAUAAAUAUAUAUACGUGAAUUUAAAAUAAUAUAUAUUGUGUAUUUAGUAUAAAAUGUUGGGUUGAGCUCAGCAAUAAAUGUUUUUGCACAACACUUCUGUGAAAGACAGAUUGAAUUAAAAUAAGAUGCAUUAGUUCAUUAAUUUCACUCCACAGCAUCUGCCAAUUAAAUGCUUUUUAGCUAGUGCUGAUGUUUUGUAUGUGGCAUGUUAAUUAGAUAAGCUUGCAUUUCCAUCAUCAAGGUUAAUUUAGAGUUGAAACAUACAGCUACGUAGACCCUGAUAUUCUUAAUACUGUGCAAAUUCUGUCAGAAUAUCAUAUAUUCAGAAGGCAAGCUUUAUCUGAUAUGGUUUUUUUGGGGUUUGGUUCCCCCCCCCCCCCCCCUGCUUUUUUCUCCAGGCAGGGUUAAAGGAAGAUAACUUUCAGGUUUUGAGACCUAACAGUUCUGGCAAGAUGCUAAUUCUCUGAACUGUGUCAAACCUCAUACCUUUUAACAAUGUAUGUAAGUGAGGGAGUUGCAGCAGUGAGCAUCAGACAGCAAUAUAUUUAAAAGACCCUGUCCUAAGAGAGUUCUACCUCUUCUAUGUUUUCUUCAUCAAGGCAUCUCAUUCAAAUUGCCAUCUUUUGUCUUCAUACUUUAAGAAAUUGUAGACUGGUAGACUUGGAGCCCUUUAUACAGCACAAAUUUCCUUUUAACUUCCCUCCCUUCUGGAAGUAUGCCUCAUCUUCAGCUAGGGAGUAUCUUCUCUAAAUCUUAAGAAAGGUAAGAGUAGUCCUGUCUGUGUGGCCUAUUGAGCUUCUCAGUCUUGGGAAACAAGUAAACUAAUACUUACUGUGGAAAUAAGCAGUAGGGUGAUGAGAAUAAAGAUGACCAUACGUUGCUGGUGAAGCUAGUUCAAACAGCCCCCCAGAGGGUAACUGUGUUCAGUCAUUAUGCUCCUGAGCUUCUUUGGAAUUGGCAACAUAGAACUGAAAGGGUCUACAUCCCAUGUUUCCUGUUCUCCCUAGUUAAGCCUAGCAAGGCCAGGUUAAAGGAAAUAAUAGAGUGGCUCCCAGAGACCUUUUGUGGGUAGCAUAAACAGGGUGGGGAAGUGAAAGAUCUCUGCAACAUCCAAAUGCAAAAUUAGGUUAAUGUUUUACUAUUUUCUGCACAGCAGCUCUUCUAAAGACAUUUUCCCCAGAGUUUUUACUACUUAUUAAGGGCCUUUGUUAAUAAAUAAACUGUAGCUGUACAUACUAAAUAACCCUCAGUAUUCACAAGCAAUAAGAAAGCCAAGUAGAGCUGUCUUUUCCAGACAGCAGGGCUGAACUUGGUUUGGGGACUGUAUAUGAGCUAAUACGUCAAGCUCACUGAAAGCUCCAAACAAAUGCAAGCAAUAAUUUCAAACACAGGUUUUAGAUGUUAAAACCGUCUGGGUAAUACUUUCUGCUACAUGAUCCAAAGUCCCAAAAGUCAUAGUAGCUAUUUUAAAUCCUUUCAAGACACUUGCAAAGAAAGAAGGCAGGCUAGAUGAAAAACAGGCUGCAAAGUUUCCUAAUACCUUGGACUGUAACUGCAGUGCUCUCCUACUCCAAGAUGCAAAUGGCCUAAAUCACUUCGUCUGGCCUUCUCUGUUGAUACGAGAAACAUGACUAAUACUGAUCAACUAAGUCACAAGUGUGGAUGCUGUGGGUUUCACAUCUGUUUUCUGCUAAUCAGAAGUAACUUCUAAUUACCUGGGUUCUGCUUCUUGUUUGAAUCCGAUCAAAGUUGUCUGAUGCACAGAUUUGGGGGUGGGACAGGUGCCAAGAGCCUGUUUCCUUCCUGCAGUCCCAUCACCUGACCCUUCCUCCACACUCCUUCUCCACUUGGUGCAAGACCCUUGAGGACAUGAAAACAGAGAAUCCUGCAACUCUCCCAAGCUGUCAUCAGUUGUGUGAACCAUUAACCCUCUGGGAGUCAUCUUGGACUCCAACUAACUUUAUCACAUUUGCUGCUACAUUCGUAAAAUGAACUUUUGGCUGUAUUUAUUAGCAAAUUUUAAUCUAGUUUACAGGUUUUUGUUUUCUUUUGAGUAGUUUUUGCCCACAGAUGGAUUAGAAGUGUUGGGGUGUUUCGGUUGGUUUUGGUUUGGGGUUUGGUUUUUUUGGAGUGAAUUGGUGAAGGCACAGUGGUCCCUCUCCUGCUUUUGUUUUGGAUUUGUUUGAAGAUGAUGUUGCAGGGAAAACCUGCAGCCAAGCUGUGGAGGGCUUCCUCCCCCACCUAACUUUCAUCUUUUGCUGAAUCAGGGAGGGGGAAUCAUUAAAGGGACACUUGCUUUUUGUUUGGGUUUGUAAUUUUUUUUUUUUUUCUUUUUUACCAUGAAAUGAACCAGUAAGGUGAAAGCAGUAGGUAAAUGACUGAUUAAUUAACACUUUAUGCAAUUUUAAUUUUAUAGACAUUAAAAAAAGGUUGGUAGAUUUUGAUUGGUCCUAGCUCUGGUGAAAUGGCUGUUACCCUCCAUGACUUACUUGAUUCAGGCCUUUGUCCUUUGUUUAAGUGCCUUUUUUUUUUUUUUUUUUUUUUAAUUAUUAUUUUUAGAUUUUAUUUCUCUACCCUCUUUAAACUGUUCUCAGAGAUCCUGAAGUGCUGGAAGGCAUUUUGGAGGAAAAUCUUAAGCUUGCCAAGAUGGCUUUAUGCUGUUAUACUAUUUUUUCCCUUUUGUAAAGAAAACAAAAAAAGUGUGUAAUGUGUGUAACUUCAUAGCUGCUGUACCAUGGUGUUGGUUCUGUGUGCUUCUGCAUUCUUUCUCUCUCACACUCACACACAUGCACACACACACAUAUACAGCAAUAUUCCUGAGAAACCUGUUCAUCCUUCUGCAUCCUGCAGGCUCUGUUAAACACUUGAAAGGUGAACGUUUGUGCAAAGGUGGCAGUACAAUAAAAGAGUGUGUGUGUGUGAGUGCGUAUAUGUGCACGAGAGAAAAGAAGUGGCUAAUGGGAAUGAAACUUCUUGCAGUUUUUCUGAAGGUUUUAAAUUUGAAUCUUAAUUAGGUCACAAGUAAAACAUCAUGGGCCCUGUCUGGCAAUGUUAUUAAAUACCGGAACACUUCACACAAUUGCUGAGGCAAAGACUUGUGGCUUGCAAGCUCAAGGAGGGAGGAAAGAAGGUUAAAAUAGCAGCUUGCAACAAGUUAGACUUGAGAUGAAUCGCAAGGAAUCUUGUGUGGUGUCGCAUCUGUUUGGCACCAGUUACUUCAAGGAUUCUCACAUUUACCAAAGCUGUCGCUUUCUACUAUACAUCGUAUGUAAGAAGGAAUUUGGUAAAGCCUGCAAGAGUGCAGCUGCUAAUUGAAGUUAGACCUGAAGUUAGACCUUCUCAUGCUGCCUAAAACAUUCACCGUGAAGUACAUUUCUUGUUGUACUUUUUCUCUAUUUGUUGAGAUUUCAUUAAUGGUUUGUUCUCUUAAUAUAAUGAACAGUAAGUUCCUGUGGUGUUAGCUGCAAGUGAACCCUCAUAACAGUGUCUGUGCUUGUUUCCUUGUUCUCUGACAAAAUUAGCAAAUCUGCAAUAGAUCAUCUAGUGAUUUUUUUUUAACAAUUCUGUGCCAAGAAUUUAUCUUAAUUUAUGAUUAUUAUAAAUGUGUACCUGAAAUUGUCAGUUCACUUGUUGACCAAGUGCUAAACUUAAGGUAACAUAGGUACACAUCACUAGACUGUGCUAGUUCUGUGAUGUGCAUUUGCUGGGAAAGUGUAAUUUUGAGUUGCAAUAUGAAAAGGAAGCAUUUACUUUCCAGAAUGGGAAUGGAACUAAGAGUCCUUUGUAAGUGGAGAAUCUACCUAGAGAGCAGAAAAUAAGAUAUUAAAUACAACAUGUUCCUGUGGCAGAGAAUAGCCUAUCUGCUGUUUCAGUUCUUAGCUUGUCUUCACAUGUUUGAGUAAGCCUGUUUAUGUAAACUAGGCCAUAGGCAGAUUACUUCUACCAAUCUAAUCGUGCCAGUCAAAGAUAGGACUGUUGCUGGUAGGUCAGCUAGUUGGAGUGAUAGUGAGAGGGCUUCUUAAUCUGCCUUAGGUAUAUUAGUGGAGUUUGCCACAUCCACCGGUUGGUGUAAACUAAGCUAACCUGGCUCCUGUGUUGCUGUUUAAUUUGUUUUGGGCAGAUGUGCUCUUUAUCCUAGGCUGAUCUGUGAGAUGGGGAAUCUACAGCUGGUGAUGGUUGACUGUUACAGUUGUCUUUAACAAACGCAACUGCUGUGAAAAAUCUGUCUACUGCUUAAGAAAUCACUGCCAAAAUAAGCAGCCAGAAGUAUGCUUUACUGGGCCACUGGAAAGAUAACUGUUGCGUAGGGGAAUGCUUUGUUUGUGGAAACUUCUGGUGCGGCUUCAUCAUCCUUUUUCUAUGACCCGGUGAUCCCUUGCUGCUGUAAUAGCCUUUUGGGGCCAUAGAAAGCCCUGCUGCUGCUAUGAGUUAUGCUGAGAGAUCAGCAUGGCCUGGAACUGGCCCAAAACUGGGGAAGUACAGAGAUUCCCUACAGCUGUUUUUGCACACUCCUCAUAAAUUAAACUGUGCUAAUCUUGUCAGUAGUCAAGGAUAUAGGUCUGUAUUUUGUAGCCAUUUUGACAGCUAUAAUUCUACAGAGCAACUCUAGAAAAAACAAACCCAUGUUUUGUAUCUAGAAGUGAAUUUCAGUCUCUUCCCUUGCCAUCACCUCCUGCUUAAAUAAUAACCAUUAACUAGUAAGUUUUUCCUUUAUGGUGAAGUAAUCCAAAGCAAGCGGUGUACACUGAUUCCUGUCAUGCGCAAUACUAAGGGGUUUUGGUUUGGUUGUGGUUUUUGUCUUUUUGCCCAGCAGUGUGUGCAGAUGUAUUUUAUCAAUAGAUAGUUAUGUUUAUUAAUGUCUAGUACCAAGAGAAGAAGUGAGAGAGAAUCAACCAAAACCAGUCAGGAGAUACCAUCGCAGGCCAAAACAAGUAGCUGCUGAGGCAGCCAGAGCUUGAGACUUAUCAGAUUUCACCAGAGAAGUGGGGGAAGAAACUUUCUUGUGUUCUCAGCUUUUUCCAGAUAAGGCCUUAGUUUGAUUAAUAGUCACUAAUAUCAACUAUGCAGCUAAGUAUUUACGUGUUUCAGUGUUACAUGCAUUCCUUCCCCCAGCUACCCCUAUUAACACAUGUUGAAGUUUUACCCAAAGAAAAUGGAGUAUUUUUUUGAAUGUCUGUACUGCAGAAGUCUUUUUUGCUAACGUGAAGAAAGAAAUUUGUAUUUUAAAAAAGAAACCCUUUCACUGGUGCAACACCUAGUGUCAAGCGUCAUGAGGUUGCUUUGAGAGGGAAGCUAAAAUCGCCUCUUGUGACAGGUUUUAGUCUGAGAGUUUUUUUAAGAUAUUCAGCUCUCAAAAUUGGUUUAAGAAGCUACAGCACUGUUUAAUGUACAGAUUGGAUUUGGGGAGAAACUAAUGAGACAUCCCAGGUUUCCUUCCAGUAUCAGAAGUGAAUUAAAUUAAUUUCUCACUUAAAUGAAGUUGCUUCUAAACAAGGGGAGUUACCAGCUAUACAGUAGCUGGAUCUUUAAAUAAAAGCUACAUCGCAAUCCCCUGGUAUUUCUCACUGAUCUUUUAGUCUUGUUGUAUGUAAUUACAAAUAACAAUUUAGCUCAGAGGUGAGAACUGUAGUGUGUGUUUUAUUGCCAGUGAUCCCAUCAUGUAGCAAUUAGUUCCAUGUUCUUGCAUAGUUCUCAAGAUCCAUACUGGAAAUAGAUGGAGAAAUUUUAUUUUUGGACUACUGUUUAAAAAAAAAAAAAUUGCAAAAUUACUACUUUUUACCCUGAAAAGUCUACUGAGCAGCAUUAUAUUUUAGCAGUUAAACUAGUACCCUUGUUACGUGAUUUGUCUCUUGUAGUCUUCUUUUACUGAGAGUUAGAAGCAUUUCAUGAGUAAUCCUUAAAAUGUUGGCGUUCUCUAGCUUGAAGUCAGGUGCUUAUAAUAAAAGGGCAUCUGUGAUAACUUCUGAUGAUACAAAAGCACUAUGUUCAGAAUAUUUCAUUGGGAAAAAAACCCAGGUGUGGGUGCAAGUCCCUCUAGUUCUGCCUAACAGAGGCUCUGUGAAGAACAGUGCGUCCAAAUACCUGCCUACACAACUAAUGGUAGUGGGCAUCAUCUCCUCAACAGAGGUUUGGCCUCAAUAUCCUUUGUUUGGUGUCAUUUUAGUGUGUGUAUAUAUAUGUUUUAGCAAGUUUGGUUAUUCCUAGCUUAACUACCUGACUUGCUGUGGUCCCCGAGACAAUGAAAGGCUGAGAAACAGAUGGACAAAGUGUUUUCCUGUCUUUCACUGGGGAGCACAGAACAAGCAGCUGGCCAAGUGUUUUAUUCUAAACUAAUGUUAAAUCACAGCUAGAAUUCUUUGCAUUCCUCAGCUUCAAACAAAGGAAUGCACAGUUACUACGAGAUGGCAAACCUGUUGAGUUGGUGAUUCCUGUGAUGCUUUAUUCAGUCCAGCAUAGAUUUGUACAAGGUCACCUUCCUCCUCUUAGUAUUCACAUAUUUUGGAUGAUGGGGCUUAAAGGAUCCAAACAGCCGUGUGCUGCUUACCUGAUGAGCUCUCCAGGGAAAGUCCCCUGUGAAAUGCUCCCCUCUUGUGACAACAAGCCUGAACAACCAAAUGCAGCUAUAUUUGGGUGGUUAGCACCACUUCCAUUUGGAUUUUUAGGGAGAUGUGUUCCAAUAACUUCAUGGGGUACUGUGUUUAAAAUGUGUGAUUUCUUUCCUCUCUCCUUUAUAAAACUGGACCUGGACGCAAGUUUUGAGUUGUUGGGUUUUUUUGUAAUAAUCUCAGGACCUGAAAGAUUGUAGCAUUUAGUGUGUCUUAAAAAUGAUGUACUGUACCAGCCAUGGAUUUUGUAAAUACACCUGUCUCCCUUUUUUGUAUUUUAAUUUUUUAAAAGUGUGUAAGGCUCUUUGCCAGAGGAACUGGUGCCUGCUUAAUUUCCAUCCUGAACUGAAGCAGGAAAAGGAAGAAGCUGCUGCCACAAAAAGCCCGCAUCAGUUCCAAAUGUGUAUAUUGUUCUGGUCAGUUUAAUGGCUAUUAGUCUUUUGUUACUUGGGAAGCUGGUUUGUUCCCCUGCACGUUCCCAGUCGUGGCUAGUGGAGCCCUAUCAGGGAGACUAAUUUUAACUCUCUUCUGUGUGACUACUUCAUGUUUUCACUCCUUCCAGAUACUCAGGUUUGCUAUCCCUGAGAAGUCUGGUGUUUUCAAAGGUCAGGACUAUAGGACCUCUGCAAGAAUAGCUGGAGAGCAUUUCUCAUUUUACCAAUGCUUUGGUCCAGACACAGAAGUAGGGUUUCUAUCUGCGAACCUUGCAGAUGAUGCCGCCUCCACCUGUUCUAAAAGGGACUUGCCCGUUUAUUUUCUGCUUUCCUGAAGGGAGUGCAAAGAUUUACCAGUAUUUUUAUUUUUCGGCAGCAGACUUAGCUCUGGGAUCCAACCUUGCCGGCAGACGCCUGUUCUGCAGGAGGAGCCUUACCAAUUCGGCGUUGCUGUUCCCUGUCCCUGACUGCGACAGGCUUUUUUCAUGAGUGUACUUUUUAUUUUCCUUUUUUAAAUGUGUCAUGUGUCUGUGCUGUAUUAAAUAAAGAGGAAUGUACAUAUUA